UCUUCAGGACUGACCGAAUUUAGCAGAUUCCGGCCUCGUUUAUUCAAAAGUGGACAAACUCCUCCGCAGGGAUGAAUAAGUCGGGCUCCCGAUCGACUUCCUCGUUACCCCCGGAUUCGGUGGCGAUCAUUCGAAGCAAGACAUGCUCCCGCCGUGUGAGACUCAAUGUCGGGGGACUUCUACAUGAAGUUCUGUGGCGAACGCUGGACAGGUUACCCCGCACGCGACUGGGUAAACUACGAGAGUGCAACACCCACGACUCGAUAAUGGAGAUAUGCGAUGACUACAAUUUGGAUGAGAACGAGUACUUUUUCGACAGACACCCCGGGGCAUUCACUUCUAUUCUGAAUUUUUACCGCACCGGAAAGUUGCACAUGAUGGAGGAGAUGUGCGCUUUGUCUUUCAGUCAAGAGCUGGACUAUUGGGGAAUCGACGAGAUUUACCUGGAGUCGUGCUGCCAAGCUCGGUACCAUCAGAAAAAAGAGCAAAUGAACGAGGAGCUUAAACGCGAAGCCGAGAAUUUGAGAGAAAGAGAGGGGGAGGAAUUUGAUAGCUCGUGUUGUGCAGAAAAACGAAAGAAACUUUGGGACCUUCUGGAGAAGCCAAAUUCAUCACUUGCAGCAAAGGUCCUGGCCAUCAUCUCCAUCCUGUUCAUUGUGCUGUCGACCAUUGCCUUGUCUCUGAACACCCUCCCGGAGCUGCAAGACACAGACGAGUUCGGGCAGACGACGGACAACCCCCAGCUGGCGCACGUGGAGGCGGUGUGCAUCGCCUGGUUCACCAUGGAGUACCUGCUGCGCUUCCUCUCUUCACCCAACAAGUGGAAGUUCUUCAAGGGCCCGCUCAACGUCAUCGACCUGCUGGCCAUCCUGCCCUACUACGUCACCAUCUUCCUGACCGAGUCCAACAAGAGCGUGCUGCAGUUCCAGAACGUGCGGCGGGUGGUGCAGAUCUUCCGCAUCAUGCGCAUCCUGCGCAUCCUCAAGCUGGCGCGCCACUCCACGGGGCUGCAGUCGCUGGGCUUCACGCUGCGGCGCAGCUACAACGAGCUGGGCCUGCUCAUCCUCUUCCUGGCCAUGGGCAUCAUGAUCUUCUCCAGCCUGGUCUUCUUCGCCGAGAAGGACGAGGACGACACCAAGUUCAAGAGCAUCCCGGCCUCCUUCUGGUGGGCCACCAUCACCAUGACGACCGUAGGGUACGGGGACAUCUACCCAAAGACCCUCCUGGGGAAGAUUGUGGGGGGGCUGUGCUGCAUCGCCGGGGUGCUGGUGAUCGCGUUGCCCAUCCCUAUCAUUGUCAAUAACUUCUCAGAGUUCUACAAGGAGCAGAAGAGGCAGGAGAAGGCCAUCAAGCGCAGGGAGGCUCUGGAGAGGGCCAAGCGCAACGGCAGCAUUGUGUCCAUGAACAUGAAGGACGCAUUCGCCCGCAGCGUGGAGCUCAUGGACGUGGUGGUGGAGAAGAACGUGGAGAACGAGGAGACGAGGGAGAAGCUGCAGGACAACCACGUCUCCCCGAGCCGCUGGAAGUGGACGCCCAAGCACGCCACCUCGGAGACCAGCUCCAACAAGUCCUUUGACGGGAGAGAGCUGGGCUCGCCAGGCAAGGCCCGGCCCACCAGCCCACCACAGCACCUCAACGUACAGAAGCUGGAGGAGAUGUACAACCAGAUGGCCAAGACCCAGUCCCAACCCAACCUCAACAGCAAGGACAAAGGGGGAGCGCAGGGGGACGAGAUUGAGAUGGGUAGCAUCCCUGGGCCUGAGGACCCCCAGGUGACCACGCCCGGGGGGGUCACGGACAUGAGGAGCAUGUCCAGCAUCGACAGCUUCAUCAGCUGCGCCGCAGACUUCCCCGAGAGCACGCGCUUCUCCCACAGCCCCACCUCCAGCCACCCCGGCAGGGUCAGCGCUAACCCCGGGCUGGAGACCACCCUGGAGCACGAGCCCAUGCUGACCCCCCGCAGCACCUACAAGCGCACGGGGCGGGGCUCUCUCUUGGACAUGGGCUCCAAAACUGAGGGCUCACGGCUCAGCUUCUUUACCGACAGCCCGCUGGGCUUGCGCUUCAGCAACCCUCUCAAGUCACGCUCCCUCAAGGUCAACUUCCGGGGAGGGGAACCCGGCACCUCCUCCUCUGCACAAGGGGGCGGGGCUGCCAUCUCCGACAGCUCCGCCUUCUCAGACCGCUCCCUCCUGAGCCCUGAGGUGUCUGUCUACACCACGGCCAGCAGCAAGACCCCGCCUAAAUCUCCAGAGACCCUGAUGCCCACAGUCUUCACCUUCCACGAUGCAUCCAUCAGCAAGUAUAUCGACGCCGACACAGAUGAUGAAGACCGUCUGCAUGACAGCUCUGACUCCAGCCCCUCCAAGCGCCUGCUGGAAAAUACCAGUCCUAAGUUCGGCAUCAAGCAAGGGACCAACCAUCUGGAUGCAUCUCAGAGGACCUUGGCUCAGAACUGUGUGUUCCCCCUGGAGAGCCAGUCAGGAGGCGGGCAGGAGAACCAUUUGACCCAGGAGCUGCAUGUACCCGAGGUAGACAGCUACAAUGAAAGACUCUGAGCCAGGGCUUCCCAUAUCCCACCAGAGAGGGAACAGAAUCAGCAGGGGGCAAGUAAG